GUAUAGCCAAAACUUUCGCGAUUUUGCCAAUAAUAGCCAAAUUUGGAGAAAUACCACUUAUAGCCACUUCCGUCCAAUUCUUUAACGGUGUCAUCUAACAAGCUGACUGGACUAACAGAAAUGCUGACAUGGCUACGUUUCGUCAGUAACAUUGCCACGUGGAUUUAACUUAAAAAAAAUACAAAAUACAAAGAACAAGAAAAAGAAAAAGAAAUAAAAAAAUAAAAAAUAUAUUUUCACUUUCGCCUCUCUCUUCUUUCCUCUUUCGUUUCCCCCGCCGCCGCUCUGUUCGACCGAUCUUCUUCUUCAGCUUUCCGGUAACUCCUCCCCCUUCUCUCUCUCUCUCUCUCUCUCUCUCUCUCUCUCUCUCUAUCUCCAGACCCCGCUCUCUCUACUGCAACUGAGUCCACAGCUCCUUCCCCGCGCGCAGAAGAGCAAUCCGAUCCCUAGGGAUCCCUCUCUCCGUCCUUAACGACCACCACAAGCUCGAGCAGAUCCAUCAUAAUGUCAUUUGAAUCGGAGGAUCCGAAUCUGCAAUCCAUCCCAAUUCCAAAACACAGACGAGAACCCAGGUCGAGAAAUUACACUACAUGGAGUGGGUAGGAGAGGAAAUUAGGUCAAAAUUGAAAAUUCGAGUACUUUUGGGGGAAGAAAACAGAGCGACAAUUAAUACGAGAAACUAAGAAUGGAGGGAGGAAUGAAACCCCAAAGGUGGAAAUUGGAAAUUUGUUCUAUCUGAAAACUUAAUCGAAGCAACAAAAUGGGCUUGAGAGCUGGGAACAUGGGUGACGAGCAGCGAAAAAGGUGAAACAAGAAGAUGAAGAAAAACAGCCAUUAGAGUAUAACAGAGAGGAAGACGGGACGGUGGUGGUUGCCGGUGUUGGUUUGGUGAUUCCAUCAGCAACGUCAUGCUUUGCGCUUUCUAUUUGUCAUUUCGGAGAGGAAGACGAGACGGGUUUCAGCGUUGGACUCGGUGGCCAGGUGGGUUGACUGUUGCUACCGGAGCUGGGAAACACGACGGAGACCUAGGAUUCUACCCAGCGGUUCCACCCAAUAGAAGAGGAGAUGAAGGUGGGAAGACGGAGAGAAGGGUAACGAAGUCGAUUCUUCUUCUCCAUGAUUUUUUGGUGGAUGAAUCUGGGCUUGGGGGUUGGUGUGUUCUGGAGGGAGGAGAGUUCGUGGAGAUGGAGAAGAGUAGGUGCCGGAUGCGAGAGAAGUUUCCGGCGACGGUGACGCUGGGUUCUUAGAUUGGAUGCGAGAGGUAAUGAUUUUUUUGUUAUAAAAUAUUUUUGUUUUUAAAAAUUAAUUAAAUAUUUAUAAGUAAAAGAUUAAUUAAAUAUUUAUAUAUGUAAUAUAUAAGUUUUUAUUUUUAAUAAUGUAAUAUAUGACGUGUCAAGAUGACGUGUCAAGACUUGCUUAGUUGGCGCUGACGUGUUCGAGUUCUUCUCGCCUAAUCAGCAAACCGUCUACUUAUUUGACGGUGUCAGUAACGCCGUCAAUGUUUCUAACGGAAAAGGCUAUAUUUGUCCAACAACAUUUUCAAAAGGUGGCUAUAAGUGGUAUUUCGCCAAAUGUGGCUAUUAUUGGCACCAACGUGAAAGUUUUGGCUAUGGAACUGUAUUUUGCCAAAUUUUAACAACAUAAAACGAAUGAUUACAA